GUCGCUUCUUCGACGCGCUGGACGCUGAGAAGGCUGGCUCCCUCACCAAGGAGCAUAUGCUGAUGCUCAUCCGAACCCUCAAGAAGGUGGUGAAGGAGACCACCAUCACCCAGGGCCCGAACCUGGCGGAGGAGGGCGACGCCUCUGCCGUGACGAAGCUGGAGGCCGGCGAUGUGGUGGAGCUGCUGAGUUCCCCCAGCGAGGAAGGCGACAUGAUGCGCGCCCAGUGUCGGUCCAUGAAGGAUGGCAGCAAGGGCUGGGUGACCCUGAAGGGCAACCAGGGCACCGUGCACCUGGCGGACGGGGGCGCGCUGUGGAAGGUCCUGAAGGAGACGAGCCUCACGAGCACCUUCGAGAUCGACUCCGAGGAGGCGAAGGAGUUGAGCAAGCAGAUGGUGGACAACACCCGGAAGCUGCGACCAGGAGAAGUGGUCGAGGUCAGGGAAUGGAUGAGAAAGGAGGAGAAGUCCGGGCUCAUGCGCAUGAAGUGCAAGGCCAAGUUGGAUGGCAAGGUGGGCUGGGUCACCGCCGUGGGCAACGCGGGGACGGUGUUCCUCACGGUCCAGUGAGGGGGAUCUUUGUGCCGUCAAUGGGAUUCGUUGCACCUCGUUCGGGCUUGCUUUCGCCGACGGGCAGGCCUCGGAAUCGAGGGCUACCUGCAUCGAGGGAUAGGGCUUUGGGACGGCCAGUUCCAAAAAAGUCGCCCCUGGGGCCACUCGGUAGCCCAGCUGGGAGUCCGCAGCUUUGGGUCCUGUCAGUUCUGACAGGCGCCAUGGUCAGAACUAAGAGUAGGGGCAACAACCCAGCUAAUCCAGUCGAGGGCGUGCGUUUCUCUUCGAGGUUCAACGUGGGA